GUUCUCCACAUGUCUGUUUUCUCUUUCUCCCAAAAACUUGCAUGUAGGUGGAUUGGCUCGGUUAAAUUGCCUGUAGAUGUGAAUGUGUCUGCAUGGUGCCAUGCGAGCAUACCUGUGUUUCCAAGGCUCUGGAUCCACCUCUGCCCUGACCAGGAUAAAAGCAGUUUCUGAAAAUGAAUGAAUUGAUUCAAUAAUUUGAGGCAAUGCUUUAGGGCUUAGUUUCAGUUCAAAAGAGUGCAUGAUAGCGCUGCAUCCUUCCACUAAACUCUGUCCACCCUACGGAGCUGUCAUGUUAAAACUGAUAAUGUGUUGGUAAUGAAUUGUGGGUGCUGUGUGGUCCUGCCCUACUGGGAAACAAAAAACUAAAGAAACCGUCACAGAAAUUCUAGUAGUGUCCACUACAAAUACCAUUACAAACCAUUAGCUAACCAAAACAUUAUCAUUUCCAUUAUUGGUCCUUAAUGGUAUCCUAUAGAUAAUAACAUGUCAUCAAUAGAAGGCAACAAAUUACCAGUAGAGACCCACAGGGACCAUUACAGUUUCCACUAACAGCAAUACAAAUCCCAUUAUAAAUAUUAAAAUAGUUACAAAUCCUAUGAGGGGUUCAUAUCCUAUUGUAUGUAAAUAACGAUUCCCGUCGCUACCCUGUGUGUGCGGAGUUUACAUGUUCUCCCCGAGCUGUGCGGGUUUCCUUCAGGUUCUCCGGUUUCCUCCCUCAGUCCAAAGACAUGAUGCAUGGUAGGUUAAUAGUCAUGUCCAGAGCAUCUGAACUGUGUGAAUGCAUAUGUAAGUGUACCCCGCCUUGUACCCCAUGCUCCCUGGGAUAGUCUCCAGGUUCCCCGUGACCCUGUAGGAUAAGUGCUAUAGAAAAUGGAUUGCUGUGUGGAUUGUAUGUAAAUACAAUGUUGUGCAUUCUGACAGAACAAAAUUGCUCUUUAUUAUGAGUUAAAUAGCGCUUAAAGUUUUUAUGUAUGUUAAUAAUUAUGUCAAGGUUAUUUAAUAUUUUAGCACAUACCGUAGUUUGAUGAACUUUCUACACAAACGGACUAAAGGAAGCACUUUAUUUAGACUUUUUUGUUGUUGUUGUCCCCAGUUAUAUGUAACAGACGUCAACAGUGACGUUGAUGUGUCCAGACCCCCGCCCCCCCUUCCCUUCAUCCCUUCAUCCCUUCACUGAAAUCCCGUUGUUUCUUUUGCCAGGGAACACAAUCUCGCGAGAAGUGGCUAUCCCGAGGUGCACGCGAUGGUUGUGAGACCCGCGCGGGUCUGUGGAAAUGCUUCAGUUUGCACAACAAAGGAAGAGCAGAAAAUCCGCUGAAAUAGUAGGAAUAUUCAAGGCGCUGGUUAAGCACUCGGUUUGGCUAGAUAAGGAUAUGUUUUUUUGUGGCGUUAGUCAACCGUAUUCGGUUAUCAGAUUCACAUUCACAUUCAUGAUGAUAUAUUAUGAAAGGCACGAGCGCUGAGCGGUCCUCUAGAAAGGGUGCGCGCGCGUUCACCUGCUGAUGGGCUUCAUAACGCCUCCAUAACGCCGUGAGUUCACUGCUGAGGUUUCUUUAUUAGCUGAAUGUGUCUGAUGGCUGCCGGUUUAUGGGGUGGUGAGGUUAAAAACAACUCAUGAGAAAGUUGCAUUACAGCAUUUCACGUGAGAAUAUAAAUACCCGACGGACUCUGAGCCACACCGUUGCUUUGUAGAAAUUAUGGGAAAUGGAUAAACUCACCAUUAUUUCAGGAUGUCUGUUUCUUGCUGCCGAUAUUUUUGCAAUUGCCAGCGUCGUGAACCCAGACUGGAUCAACACUGGAGAAGAAGAAGGCGCCCUGACCAUGGGGCUGGUUUGGCAGUGUCAGACGAUUCAUGGUCGGGACAGGAUAUGUUCAUCCCCGAGCCUUUCCCCAGAAUGGCUCGCCACUCUCUUCUUUAUCAUCCUGGGCAUCAUUUCACUGUCCAUCACUUGCGCCCUGUUGGUGCUUUCACACUGGCAUCAGGAGACGGCGAAGUACGCCCGCUGGAUCGCUUUCACAGGAAUGGUCCUCUUCUGUCUGGCAGCUCUUAUAUUUCCAACCGGAUUUUAUGUCAGUGAAGUUGGUGGACAACCUUAUAAGUUACCCAACAGCACCGUUGUGGGAUCUUCAUAUGUACUUUUUGUCUUAUCAAUAUUUUUCACAAUCGUUGGACUGUUGUUUGCUGGGAAAGUCUGUCUGCCUGGCUGACCAAAAGCUCCGUCGCUAACGUGUCUGUCGCAAGCUAUAGAACUUUGCGCGAAGCAUGGCGUUCCCUUUCUGACGAAGUGAAAACGUGCUCUAAAACUGACCCACAAAGACAAACGACAAGAUUUUAUAUGCACUAUGUCAAGACUUGUGUAUUAGAGCUGCACUGUAUCGUUGGCGCAGAUGUACUUAUUUGUUCAGUGUUGUCUUCUACUGAUCAUUGUUUUUAAAGAAUCCAUUCUAUUUUGUUCUUUUGAUGUCGUCUUUGUGAUGGUUAUCCUCGAUGUCAUGGCAUGUAAAAACAAUGACUUAAAUACAGUGCUCAUUUUUUUGGCUUAAAGGUAAAAGCAGGUGACAAUGACGAUAUUGCCUGGCCAAGCUGAAAAGGUGUUCUUGCUGCACAGGAAGUCUUUUCAAGCCACAAUACCAGCACUGUCCUUCUCCUCCAGGAUGAAAUCUCAGCUUGUUAUUUAUAGCUGAACUCCUGUGCCACUUUCAGAUUUAUCCAUCUAUUUGCGAGAUUCAUCCGUGUAUGAAUCGGUCCCGUUUCCUUGGCAACAGCCAGCAUUUAGAGAAAAGCAGUGAAAAAGCGAGAAAUUUCUUUCCUCUUUUCUUCUAAAAAGAUGAUUCGUAUUCAUCUUUAUACAUCCCUGUUGAUAAACAAUAAUUAAACAAUUAAAUGUCAACAUUAAUGAAAUAAUUACAUUUCAUAAAGAGAAACGAGAACAUGUUACAGUUAGUAUCAUACAUGAUGAGAACGAGGUUGA